CUUGACUAGCAUCCACGACCACUAGACCGCGCAUCUCUGAAUAACUUAUGAACAUAGGACUCAUAUAAGCUCCCUGAACGGCCUCGAGUAUCGCUUCUUUGCCAAGCAUACCCCCGUUGAGCCCGCGACAAGAUGGGUGUGAAGUCACUGUGGCAGCUUCUUGACCCAGUGGGCAGACCCGUGCUCUUAGAAACGAUGGAAGGCAAAGCUAUGGCAAUAGAUUCAAGUAUAUGGAUCUACCAAUUCCAGGCUACAAUGCGGGACAAGGAAGGUCGUGGUCUGGUGAAUGCACAUGUCCUCGGUUUCCUUCGUCGAAUCAGCAAGCUCUUGUUUUAUGGCAUUAAGCCUGUUUUUGUAUUUGAUGGUGGUGCGCCUGCUCUUAAACGAGUGACGAUUUCCGAGCGUAAGAAGAAGAAGAGCGGCGCCGCAAUGAGCCACGCAAAGGUCGCUGAGAGGUUGCUUGCGGCGCACAUGAGACGGGAGGCUCUAAACCAAGUGAAGACGAAGAGUGGUGACACCUCAAAACGUAAAAACAAAGUUCCAGAUGGUCCUGUAGUGAUCGACGAGAACGCAGUCUACCUCGAGGACCUUGAUGAUCCUGUCCCUACCACGCCUGCUAAGAAGGUUCAGGCAAAUACAACCUCUCCACCGUCCUCGAAGAAGAAAUCAAGGUGGCAUGACCAUGAUCCGUACAAGCUGCCAUCAGUCAACAUGGACGAAGCGGUCGCAAACGCCACACGGUCGACCGCGCCAGAUCCUCGUCUUGCAACGGAAGACGAGCUGCGCGCGUUCAUCGAAGAGAUGCGGCCGGAGGACUUCGAUGUAACAUCGCCUACCUUUCGCGAGCUCCCUACUGAGGUGCAAUACGAGAUUAUCGGUGACAUGCGACUGCAAUCGCGGCAGACAUCAUACAAGCGCUUGCAGAACAUGUUGCGGAACGCCAAAACACCGCUUGACUUCUCAAAGGAACAAAUCAAAAAUCUGAAACACCGUAAUUCCUUGACGCAGCAGCUUCUGACCACCACGGACAGUAUUGGUAAAGCUCACGUCGAGAUACCAAUCAGGAUUGCCAGCGAGCGGAACAAGGAGUACAUUCUUGUCAAGAACGAGGGUGCGGAGGGCGGCUGGGUGCUCGGUAUCCGUGACGAAGGCACACGGACGAAGCCGAUCGAGAUUGACCCUGUCAGCGACAAGGAAAUCGAGGACGACGAGAGCGAUGCUGACAUGGAGGAAGUGCCUAUUUCCAGUACUUCAGAUGUCGACCCAGACCUGAGAGAAUACCGAAGGAACCAAGCUUUGUCUGCUUUAGCUGACAGGUAUUCGCCGAAGAAGCUCGCUCCGCUAACCACUAGGACGCGGAGGAAACCCAAGAAUACCCGGCUUCUGUUCGCACCUGAAGAAGACGACCUCCCUAUGGAUAGCCUCGCAGACCAAGGCGACGAGACUGCAGAUCCGGAACUGGCAGCUGCCAUACAGGAAUCUCUCGAGGCUGAAGAGGAGGAAAGCCUUCGGCGAGCGAUGGAGGCAUCCAGGGCAGAGGCCAAUGCUGCCGCCUCACGUAUGAGUGAGAACGGCGCCUCGAGCUCGAGAGUCACUCUUGACGGCGAACAUCCGAGAGCAAGUCGUAUCCCUCCAUACCUCGAUGAGGACGACGACGAUCUAUAUGCAUCUCCAUCGAGGCUCGAGACUGCUCUAGCAAUAGCGGGUGCAGGGCCUUCCAGACGGCCUCUAUCAGAGUCACGGAAAACGUCUGGGUCGUCGCAUCCGCAGUCGUCGAUAUUCGGUACUCCCAGUCUGCUGUUGCCUGAGGCCAGCCGCACGUCUCUCGCGCCCCCGGUGGCUACUGCACCGUCAGUGGUACCGUCAGAUUCCGAAGACGACAUGGAGGAAGUAUCGCUACCACCCCCUCUUCCGACAACGCCGCCAAAGACCACGAGGGUAGAGCGGAGACUAGUGGAGGAAAGAGCGACGCCAUCGCCGCGCCCAGCACAGGAGUUUGAUGGCAUGUUUGUUGAAGAUUCAGACGAAGACAUGGAGGAGAUAUCGGUUUUGCCUCAGAUCUCUGCAUUGCCUGACCAGGUUAACGGUGCAACGUACGAACUGUCUCCUUCGCCCGUGCCAAUCCCAGAGAACCUUCCAUCCGACGAUGCACAGGAAGUGCUGCCGUCCAGCAGUCAUCAAAACUCGGAGCCGGAGCCGCGCGACACCGAGGAUAUGGCUUCUCUAUCACCUGGGAAAGAAUCUGCUCCUGCGAAAACUCUGCCUAAGGCUGACAACGCGGAUGUCCCUAGAGCCAGUCCUUCGUCAGACUCCGAAGACGAUGGAGCGGUUCCCUGGGAUCGCCCGCCGUCACCGAAAGACGACUCAUCUGGAAGCAAGCCAACGGCAGUUGCAUCUACAGCCGAUGGUUGGGACGCUGCAGACGAGAUGGACCCCCACGCGGAAGAGGGCGAGUUCGCUCGGUUCAUCUCCCAGGUGAAGGGGAAGGACAUCGAGUCCGUCCGACGCGAGAUCGACGACGAGAUUAGGGAGCUCCACCAGCAGAGGAAGGCAGCGAUGCGCGACUCAGAGGACAUCACGCAGCAGAUGAUCUCGCAGAUCAUGAUCAUGUUGCGCCUGUUCGGCAUACCAUACAUAACCGCACCCAUGGAAGCCGAAGCACAGUGCGCAGAGCUCGUUACGCUGGGUCUAGUGGACGGCAUCAUCACAGAUGACUCCGACGUCUUCCUCUUUGGUGGCCUGCGUGUUCUGAAGAACAUGUUCAACCAGUCCAAGACCGUAGAGUGUUUCCUGCUGAGCGAUCUCGAGCGUGAGCUUGGGCUGGACCGCGACAAGCUCAUUCGAUUGGCGUACCUUCUGGGCAGCGACUAUACGGAUGGCCUCCCGGGCGUUGGGCCUGUGGUUGCCAUGGAGCUGCUGAAGGAGUUCCCGGGACAGGACGGGCUGCAUAAAUUCAAGGACUGGUGGCAGAAGGUCCAAAGCGGGCAGGACACUGCUGGGGACACAGGCACUGCUUUCCGGAAACGAUUUAAGAAACGUUUCAAAGAGCUCUUCAUCCCGGAUGACUGGCCCAACCCGGUAGUGCGGGACGCAUACUACCAUCCCACGGUCGACCAGUCAGAGGAGCCGUUCAAGUGGGGUCUCCCAGACUUGGAUGCCCUGCGAGACUUCUUCAAUGCGGAACUCGGCUGGAGCCAGUCAAAGGUUGACGACCUGUUGUUGCCCAUCAUUCGCAAGAUGGGCAAACGCGGACAAAGCAACACCAACAAACAGGGCAACCUCGCCGGCUUCUUCGACGUCCCAGUCGGAGGAGCAGCUCCGCGCAAACGUCAAGCCUACGCCAGCAAGCGCCUUCAGCAGGUCGUCUCUGAUUUCAGGAAGGAGCGUGCACGAGCGCAUUCAGCGGAGUCCUCCGGCACAUCCUCUACUGGUGGCGAGCGGAAGUCUCAGUCCGAUGACGAGUACAGCGAGGUCCCUGCGAAGAGGAGGAAGAUCAACAAGGCUGGCAAAGCUGCUGGCAAGGAGCGCGCGGCGACUGGGGCAAAGACCGGUCGAGGAGGCAAGUCUACGCGCGGCGGUAAGGGCAAGCGCGCGGUGAGGAAGCGCAAGGCAAGCGAGGACUCGGAGAGCGAGGAGGAUAUCCCUCUUGCGAACAUGCGUGCAGAGAGCGCGUCGCCUCCUCCGCUGGCGGUGAAUUUGAGGCCGAGGCCUAAGCCUAAGCCUGCGUACAAGGGCGCCGUAGUUGCUAUUGCUGCCGCAUCCGGCGACGAGGGGAGUGCGUGAAGGUCCUAAACGUGCUCGUAGCAUAUUGUGCCCACCAGUAGUAGAUUAUUGUAUAUCUAUUGUUCAUGUCAGCAGUGUCACGUA